GUGAAUGGGCGGGGAGAGUUACAACUACAACUAGAGUCUAGAACGAUGAUUGUAACUGAUUUUGUGAGAAUUGUUUUCAUACCCCCAGUUCAAAAAUAGAGUUUUAAUUAUUCAGGUGAAUGGCAUCGUCUAUAGAAGUCAACAGGUCUUCCCUUCCUUUGUUUUUGCUGGUGGCAGGGCUCAGCUGUACAGUUUCUAAAGCCAGCUGUCCUGAGGGUUACUAUGGUAUUGGCUGUUUGCAGCGUUGCCGUUGCCAUCAGUCAAGGUCAGCAUCAUGUGAUGAGCUGAGUGGCAGAUGUCAGUGCAAACCAGGCUACACUGGUACAGCAUGUCAGGAAGAUAUCAAUGAAUGUUUUCUGGAACACCCACCAUGUCGAGGUAGGAACCAGUACUGCUACAACACUCCGGGAUCCUACGAGUGCCACUGUCGUGUUGGCUUCCGUUUCUCUGAGGCUUCAGGUGUCUGUUACCCAUGCCCACGAGGAAAAUAUGGGCACAAUUGUAAGCAGUCCUGCUCCUGCCAGAACGAUAACACAGCCAUCUGUGAGACAUCCUCUGGUAUGUGUAUCUGCUACCCAGGCUGGGAGGGUGCUACCUGUGGUGUGUCGGUGGACGACUGUCGCGGUAACCCGUGCCCGGGACAGUUGUGUGUGGACAAGCAUCAGGGCUACCUGUGUCUGUGUGAAACAAAGCAACGUGUGGUGCAGGGCGAAUGCAGUGACUACCAAGUUGAUAUGAUCUCCUUCAACUUGAACCCUGGCGUUGGGGAACUUGUUGACAUCUACAUCCUAUUUGCUCUGCCCCAGGUAUACCAAGUGCAUGCUUCGUACGGACCAAACUUUGUCUACAAAAUCCAAGACAACAGUAGCACCGCUAUGUGUGUAUUCAACUUCUACUUGGAGCAUCAGAAAGUGCUUGGGGAUGAACCCUUCCUGAAAAGGCUUCAAAGCACCACCAAGUACAACUUCUACUCGCACCUGAAACGUCGGUUCUUGCAGCCAGGCCACAUCAUGGUGAAGGCUGAGCCCAUCCAGGAAGACUACUACGGCCUGGUGCUGAUGUUUGAUGUAGAUUACAAGACACUCUCCGGCAGUGCAUGUUUGCAUGACAUGCAUAUACAUGGCACUGGGAACACACUGCAGAAUGCUGCAUUCUACUACAGACAGAGCUACCAGGAGUACAAGAUUGUGUUCCCGGCAGACUUGGCGUGCCGCGAGACUCCACGGGUGGAGUGGGAGUUUUAUGCCUUAAAUGAUGUACUUCUGGAGCAAAAUAAUAUGUGUGACAGAGGCAUCUUCUAUGAGCGGCUUGACAUAGAGAAACUAGUGCUGGCAUCAGGUGAGCCUUCUAUCUCGGACCACCAUGAGGCCAAGGAAAUCAUCCCUCGAAACACAUUGCCUGUGGGUUUCAUUUUGGUGUGUGUGCGUGCCUAUGUGCAGAAGAAGAAAGAAUUCUAUGCCGUGUCUUGUGGUUAUGUGGAGAUUCUCCCAUCAUACACCAUCAGAGGUUUGCUACGGCCAUUUGUCCGCAUGCUGACUUGGAGCCCUGAGCGCCGCCUAGUGGUCACCGCAGACUUCCAUGAACCUGAUCAAGACCUACCACUUACAUUCAUGUGGUCCUGUAAGAGUAACCGGGGACUUUGUCCACACAUACACGGCAGCACGGAGCGACAGCUGCGUCUUCCUCGCUACUUCAUGGUUCCUGGCCAAGACUACCGACUGUCUGUGACUGUGGCUCUGGCAGACUCACCAUAUGUCACCAUCUCUGCAAAUAUCACCGUCCGAUGUCUGUCCGCCUCGUCAAUGCUUUAUGCCAUGAUCAAGUGUACCCUGAGCUGUGAGCACACCAUUGGUACAGGGAAGAACGUGGCACUCUACAUGGGCACUGGACAGAAAUACAGCCGACGAUUCAUCAGGUACAAGUGGGAAGUACAGGAGAACGGCCUGCCUUUACCCUAUGCCCAGGUGCUGGGGAUUGUGCGGAAUGAGAACCUGGAGUCACCUUUCUUCAUCACACGGUCUAAUGUGCUCACGCCAGGCUGUCGCUACGAUGUCACUUGUACGGUCAAAGUGGGCCGACGGAGCAGCAUAGUCACUUACACUUUUCACACAGAAGCGCCUCCUCUUGGCUCUGGAUGUACGAUUCAACCAAGGAAAGGAAAAGCCGUGUUUACAAAGUUCAACAUUAGCUGUCCCAACUACAUGGACACAGUAGCAUACAUGCCGCUCUCAUACCGCCUGUACCAGCAGGACAAGGUGGUGGAUGGCACCAGGUUUUUUUACACGCUGAUUGCCUACACCAGCUCCGCAUGGAUCACGGGGGUCACUCUGUCAGUGGAGAAUGUGACCCAUGCCGUUCAAAUUCCACUCAAAGUUGAGAUCGUCAACAUCAAAGGCACAGCAUCAGUGGUGUACUUAGUAGUGGAGCUGACCACAGACGAUCAGACAGCCAUCCUGGACAAGUUGGGCUCUUUGGCUGAUCUUGGCAACUCUGGUAACCAAGAGGAUGUGCGUGCAGUAAAGGACAUUGCUACCAUCAUCAAUGCUAAGUCUACAGCAUCAGCCCAGAGGAAGACUCAGGUCCGUCAGGAACUACUUAGCAACCUUCAACUGAUGGAUAGUGAGACACCAUCUUCUGUACAGCACACAUCCUUUGUACUGGACACAACAGUGGCACAGGAGGAGGAGAUCCAAACCUCAGGACUGGACCAUGGUCUGAGCUCGGCUGAGACUCUCACAAAGUACUUGGGCAAGGUCAGUCCUGACAACUUUGAGCUGACCAAGCAUGUGGCAGAUAUCCAGGUUCAUGCUGUGGGCAGGUUACUUUCUGUAACCUCUGACGUGGGCAAGAGUAUAGCUAGAGACCAACAGAAGGCAAAGUCUAUGGGAUUUACUCAGCAACAGAACAAGGAGCACAGUUUCAAGGCAAUUAACUCAAUCUCGCAAGUAGCGGAGACUUUGACAACCUCACUGACUGAGGCCAAUGUCCCUAUAUGGUUGUCCACCAAGAAUGUGGAGCUUGGCGUGGAGUGGCAAAAUGUGAGCCGAAACGCAAAAUUUGAACUGGCUUCCACAGACGGCAACAUCCGCUUCUAUCUUCCCACCUCUGACAUGGGGAUCCUGGAGAACGAGGGGGUGGAGAGUGAGUUCAAGGCAUAUCACAAAGACCCGUACGCUUGGGCAUCACGGGACAUGCAUGGAGAGAUGCCAGUGGUUUCAGUAGACUUUGUGAGACAACGAGACAAGUACAAGAAGGGACGGGUUCCACGGGAGUGGAGGUUCAGCAGACCGGCUGAUGUCUUCAUUCGGUACAAAGAUUCCAGUGCAGAGACAGUGGAGUACCACCCUCUGAUUGACGUUGAUGUGUCAGAGAAGACUGUGCUGCGCUCCAGCUGUGUGUUCAUGUCAGUCAAAGCCAGUACAACGGAGGCCACCAUACUCCGGGUUACUUCUCCCAACGGCCUCCGUCUCAAAGUGAAGAUACGUUACACAGGGAAGAUCAGCAGCUUCGAUCAUUUGUCAGAGGAAGAGAUGCUGGAGAUCCCCUACCCUGAGGACGAAUACCUACGGACCCCCGCGGGGAUGUUGAAGAGGGACAAGGACCUGCUGUUUCUACCACAGCUUAGAGAACUCCAAGUGAAACAUGAAACACACUACUACCGUGUGAAGCUGACUGUACAGACACAACAAGAGGUCAACUUGAACGCUCUGACCCUAGUGACAGCAGAUGGGAACCGUGGUCUGCUGCGGAGCAGUCGCGCGGACGCUGGCGUUGAGCUUUACAACGUGAGCGUGCAGGUCACGCCCUACAGGGUCUCCUGUGUCCACUUCAGCAAAGAACAGGAGCGUUAUCUCUCCAAGGACUGUGCGGUGAGCAAGUUCUCCAACCUGAACACCCUACAUUGCCGUUGCCUGGUAGCGGCCUCCUACACAGGCAGUGUUCUGGUCAUGCCUAACCUGAUGAGUCCGCUGGAUAUUGGUCUGUUCCUGGAGGUGGUGGAGAACCCACUGGUGGUCACCAUUGUGCUGGCCAUCUGGAUCUCUUUCGUGGCCGGGAUACUGUGGGCACGGAGGAAGGACCAGUGGGAUGAGUACAGGCGCGGUGUGACGAUCCUGGAGGACAACCUGGAUGACCAUGAGUACUUGUACCUGGUGUGUGUUGUAACCGGCCUCUCCUCACAAGCCUCCACCAGCUCCAACGUCUUCCUCUUCCUUAAGGGAACCUGGGCCAAGAGCACCUGUCACAUCCUCCGAGACGACACACGGAGACUCUUCCAGUCCGGUGACCAGAACUGGUUUGUGCUGACCACUGCCCAAGACCUUGGUGAGCUGAUGUCAAUUGUUGUAUGGACAGAUUUCUCUGGCAGUCAGCCUGCAUGGUAUCUCAGCAGUGUGUACAUUGAGAAUAUUCAGACGGAAGAGACAUGGCUGUGUGUGUUCAACAACUGGAUCAGCACUCAACGCGGCUCCCGACAGCUCAUUGUGGAGGUGCCCGCUGUCAAGGAGCAAGAAACAUCCACUCAUUGGAGCCAGCAUCUGGUCAGGAAGGCCAAGAGUGACAUUCGCAAUGAGCACCUGUGGAUUGGAAUGUUUGCUAAGUCACCUUUCAAUAUGUUCUCACGAGUACACAGAGUGGUGACGGGCCUGUCCCUGCUUCAGUCCCUGAUGCUCUUCAACAUGAUCUUCUUCCACAUGUCAAAUGCUGACGACUCCCGCCAGUUCCUGGAGGUCAUGGGUCAACGCAUACAUUUGACUGCCAUCGUAGUGGGGCUGCAGACCUCCAUACUGCUGGUGUUGGUCACUUAUGUGGUCAAGACGCUGCUUGUCAGUGUGGAGCCCCGGCCCCACCCAGCGGUCAAGCCCCAAGAGAAAACUGAGAAAGAUAACCGUGGUCAGCGGGCUGGUCUUCAUAUUGAGGAGAGGGAAGUUAGGCUCAAGAGGUACAUGUCAAAGGAUUAUAUCCAUCUCACAGCACGCAACAGUAGCCAGGGGCUCAAUGCUGAGACAAGUGGUCAACUCAAAAGUCAGGACACUGCUAAAAGCAGUAGCCUUGUUGGAAGUCAAGAUGUCAGGGCUCGGACCAAUGGUCAAGAGGUCAGAACUGAGACCGGUGACCUGACUGAAGAUCAAAAGGUCACCACAGAGACCUUUGAUGAGUCUGGAGGUCUGGGGGUCAUCACUGAAACUAGUGGCAAAGUAGAAAGUCUGGCCGUCAGCACAGAGACAGAUAACAAGGUUAAAAGUCCAGAGAUCCCUGCUGUUGAUGCUGGCAGAUCGGGCCUCACAACAGAAAAGACACAAAGGAACGAUGCAAGUCAGAACAAUCAGGGUAAAGGUCCAGAGCAAGACCAAGGCCAGAGCCGGGCCGGAGAAGGGCACGAUAAUGAGGACAAACUGAUGGAAGCUGAGAAACGUCCGCAAGAAGAGUUUGCUUCCAUGGCAUCAGAGGAAGAAAAAGAGAGCAAGAUGACAGAUGAAGAAAUGGAGAGGCAGCUGAAAAAACAACAGAGCUUCAUGUUCCCCUGGUGGUGUUGCUACAUCAACUGGCCUUUUCUCGCCUUCUACAAUAUAUUCCUGGCCUACUACGUCAUGCUGUAUGGCCUUCACCUGGGCCCAGAGAAGAGUCUGGAAUGGCUGACUGCCUUCUUCUCUGGAUUCUUUCUCAACGCCAUGAUAGUGCAGCCCGCACGGGUUCUGGUCCUAGUCCUAGUCCUGGUGUUGGUCUUCAAAGCUCGACACACUCUCAAGGACCUGGCCCCUCUGGGACAGCUCAAUACAACUGAGAGAUUGCUUAGAAAGAGGCAGAUGUUGAAGCGAUACAGCACCAUGAGUACAGCCUGGGUUGGAGACUUGAGGUUCCGCUCCCCACUGACUGGUGCUCAGGCUAAGGCCAUACUGGCCAGACUGAAGGUGGAGACUGAGGCUAAGGCGAUGCUACGGGACCUGUUCAUGUACACGGUGUUCAUGGUGGCGGUUGUGGUGAUGACCUAUGGACACAUGGACGUCUACUAUAGGUACAUGCAGACCAAGUACACCCGCGAGCUGCUGGUAGGGGCACAGUCCUAUGUGGAUGAGGAGGAGCACAGCCAGUGGCUGGAAAAGAUCCACUACGUGUCAGACAUCUGGGACUAUCUGGUGGACACACUGGUACCCCAACUGCUCCCCGACCAGCCUGAGCUGGCACAGAGCUACAACUCUUACCUGGUGGGACCCAUCAGGGUCAGGCAGGUCCGUGUGGAGCCUGAUCACAGUGAGUGGUUCGGUCGUAGUGAGUCAGUCACACAAUCACAGUGAGUGGUUCGGUCAUAGUGAGUCAGUCAUACAAUCACAGUGAGUGGUUCGGUCGUAGUGAGUCAGUAACACAAUCACAGUGAGUCUUUUCAUCAUAGUGAGUCAGUCACACAGUCAGUGUGAGUGGUUCGGUCAUAGUGAGUCAGUCAUACAAUCACAAUGAGUGGUUCGGACAUAGUGAGUCAGUCAUACAGUCAUACAAUCACAGUGAGUGGUUCGGUCAUAGUGAGUCAGUCACACAAUCACAGUGAGUGGUUUGGUCGUAGUGAGUCAGUCAUACAGUCAUACAAUCACAGUGAGUGGUUUGGUCAUAGUGAGUCAGUCAUACAAUGACAGUGAGUGGUUCGGUCAUGUGAGUCAGUCAUACAAUCUCUGUGAGUCGUUUGGUCAUAGUGAGUCUGUCACUCAAAUGAGUUACAUGGAUAGUGAGUCACAUAGUCACAGUGAGUCAUUUGUUGACAGUGAGUCACAUGUUUAUAGUGAGUCAAAUGUUGACUGAGUCAAACAGUCACAGUGAGUCGCAUGGCCACACAGGAACAGUGAAUCACAUGACCAGAGCAAGUCCUGCAGAUUUGAAAAAUUAAGUCACAAGAAGUCAGUAUCACAAUGAUGGCCUAUGUGAACAACCAUAUCCCUAGCUUGGCCUUGGAAGAAAAUGUAGAUUUUGUCUCAUGUCUUUCAAUCUUUUUCCUCUCUCUCCCUCCCUCUCUCUCUCUCUGACAAUCUCACUCUCCUUUUUCUCUGUCUCU